AUUCCCCCACCCCCCCUUUCUUCGACUUCAGUUAUCCAAUGAUCUGUCUGCACUCUGCUUAAAAACCCUCAGAAAGACUCGCUUUUUUUGUUGUUGUUUAUCAUCCCCUCGUAUCUCUCUCGCGUCAACCCGCCAUCAUGGCGAAUCCUCUCAGUUCAGCAUGGCGUUCCUUUUGGCAUACGAUGACCUCCUAUGAUCGACAUGCGUCCCACGACUCUCCCUACCGAACAGGCCAACAUGUUCCUCUCAGUCAGAGUCGCCAUGAACCUCUCACGUCGAUAGCGACAAGCGCUAUCGAGUCUCGACCAGAUCUCACCAACCCCUAUGAAGAUGAACAGCCCAGGGGCUGGAACGGCUCCCCAACCGGCAUCGCCUCCCCGAACCGCCCUUAUUCGCCCGGGAUGCGAUCUAUGUCUUCACAGCAACGACGAUCAACUGAUCAAGGUCCAGAUGGGCCUCCAGAGAUCCAGAUGCAGAGCUUCCACGAUGGCGCACCACCCCCUCCUCCCAUUGGACAUUCGUGGCGAAAAAUAGAACGCUGGUUGGAGAGCAAUUACGAAGAGCUUUACGACAACCUCUGCGAAGGUUGCACCCAAAAUGACAUUAAUGAACUGGAACAUGAAUUAGACUGCAGCCUGCCGUUGGAGGUUCGGGAAUCGCUGAUGGCCCAUGACGGCCAGGAACGCCCGGGUCUGCCAACGGGUAUCAUCUUUGGCUGCAUGCUUCUCGACUGUGAAGAAAUCGUCCAGGAGUGGAAAAACUGGAGAACCGUCAACGAAGAGUUCCUGGCUACUUCCAACAUGGUUAACCCUCCAGUCGCCCCCAAAGCGACAGCGAGCUCCUCGUCCGCCCCCCCCUCGGCUCAGGGCGCUAAUCCGAUGUGGAGACAGGACCUUCAGGAGCGACAAGACUCUCAACCCCCUGGUGCGGUCCAGAAGGCCUACGCCCACCCGGCUUGGAUCCCUCUUGCCCGUGAUUGGGGUGGUAACCACAUUGCGAUCGACCUGGCUCCCGGACCCGCGGGAAAGUGGGGCCAAGUCAUUAUCUUUGGGCGUGACUACGACUGCAAAUAUGUUGUUGCUCGAUCCUGGGCUGCCUUCCUCGCCGUGUUAGCAGAUGACCUCUGCAGCGGCAAGUCUAUGGUGGAUGAAGAAACCAACGAACUCAAGCUCCUGGAAUUUAAGGCCCAAAACGUCGAACCCCCUUACUUGGAGAUUCUCAGGUGGAGGACGGACCAAAAAUACGGCAGAAAGGCACCUCGCCGCAAGGCUCCCAAUGGACUGGGACUUAACACUGGCAGCAAGUCCGGGAAAGAGUCCCCUUACGGCAGCCCAGGGCCUAGUGAGGAGCGUGGAAGGUCACCCCACCGCUUCCCCAAUCGCGGUGCUACUCAGAGCCCCAAGACGCAAUUCGGUAUUUCUAGCCCACUCGCGCGUGUCACCGAAGAGGUGUCAAGCCCGGUACGUGCCAGCACCGAGGACAAACUUGCCGAGGAUGCUGGCAAGGCGGCCUCGAAAGAAUCCCAGAUCGAGGAUCUUCUGGAAGUUUCAACCCCCCACGACUCGGGUAAAGAGAAUGAAAGAUUUGGUGAGCAGACACCCACAAAGAAGUCAUCAGAGCCAGAAAAGGCGCCAAGGCGUGAAUCGAACCAGGGAGCCUCGACCCCGGGCUUGGAUAGCGAGGUUUUGGGCGAAAUGAAGAAUGUUGCCAUCUAAAUGCCGGUUUCCUAUUGCGUGUUUUCCCUUCCCUGAUCCUCCUUUCGCGAUUAUUGGCAGAUUGAUUCUGCGGUUCUAACACAUGGCUCUCUCUUUAUCUUGUUUUCUUUUUUCAUUGAAGUGUGUCAGGCGCAGUUACCAAGGCGAUGGGGUUUGUGUGAAGAUUAUUUGAACAUCCUUGUAUAAACUUCUUCCAUUCUUCUGUUUUUCCCUGUGGCCUUAGCAGUCAGUCCCUCUGUGGGGAUCU